AUGUCUGAGCUGUUAGAAUCGUCAAAGGGCGCACCAGAGGUGGGCGCCCCAUCCUUAGUUCUCGAAGGGAAGGAGAAAACUGCAGCAGACUAUGCCCUACAUGUUCUGUUUACACAGUUUGUGCGCGUUUCGGAGCAAAAGAUCCAAUGGCUUUCGAGGUACAGUCGUAGCCAAAGUGGAGGUCAGGCUAUCGUGUUUGCCUACUCCGACGAAACAGUGAUCCGUUUGCUUCAACCAGACGCGGACACAGAAUUUGAUAAGUCUAUUCAUGACCUUGUAGUCUUGGCCAGCACAAAAGCGGUUCCCGUCAUUGAAUCGCUUUUGUACUGGCGCAAGAUUCGAUGUGAGAUGGAUGUGAAUAACAAUGAAACUCCAUUUGUGCUUGAGAGAAAGAAUGCCGUAUCAGUGUUUAUUUUGUGUCGUACCCUGUCAGCGAUUAUUGAAAGUAUCCCUUUAACAGCCUUAGACGAAGACACGAUUACGGGUCUCAUUGAAAACAUUUUCCAUCAGUUGAUUACUUCCAGUGAACAGUUCUCUGGCACCUCCGUGUUUUACAAUACGAAUUGGUCGCAAUUCACGCUGCUGGUGGGGAGCAUCUCCCGGUUCAACUUUGCUGCUGUAUCUGACAGAUUCAUUAUGGAAAUCGAAAGCCUUGGAAAAUCAGACAUGACUCGUGCGCAACAGGAAAGCCACAUGAUUAGCGUCCUACGUGCAAUGCAUCACCUUCGGUUGCAAUUGUACCCAAUGCCGUUAUUGGAAGAGUGUGCCGCUUUUAUCAGCUCGAUGGCCUCCUUCUUUUCUAAGGAAUCCUCCAUGGCGGUCAAGCUUGAGUACAUCAUUUUCUUUGAAAGUAUUCUGCAACCUAUCGUGACUAAGGCUACCGUGGAGGUGAAUUUGCCUACCUGGUCGAAAACAAUGGAGAGUCUUUACCAUAUCGCAGCUUCGUACGUUGGUAAAGCCAAACUACUAAACAUCACUCUUCCCUUUUUAACCGUUGUUCUUUGUCUUUCGCCCCGUCAGUUCUUCUUGGACCAUUGGUUUCGUUGCGUCGAAAUAGCACUUGCACGUUUAAAAGAUAAGGAUGUUCGAAGCAUUAGUUUUUUGUGUAUGGCUAGGUUAUUUUGGGUCUACUUCAAUCGCCAUCCCGAAAGCAACUCUGUCAUGAGUGAACGGGUUGAUUCUAUUUUUAAACGUAUUUCUGUUUACGGAAAACGUGCCGGCACAAUUCUAUUUCCCAAUGUCGAAGAAUGCGAUACUGUGGUUCAGUUCUACCGUGUAUUUGCUCCUAAAUUUUUGGACACCCUUGUACGUGACGCACUCUCUCCAAUGCUUCAAACUAUAUCUUCAAGAUAUUCUUUGGAACGGUUGCUUGUCGUCAUUCGAACCACUUACUUCAUACUGUGCGAUCAGAAAUCGCAUUCUGAUGAGCCGCAGUAUCCCGGCAUCACGCGUACUGGCAUCAAACUGUUAGAACUUUGGGAUGCUGUAGACUCUGACGUUUGGAAUUUCUAUGUCGCAGAGUUGUCUCAAAAACUAUUAAACACCGUUUCCCAGUUGGCGCUUGAUGCAAACGCAGCCUCCGCAAUUUUGACAAGCAAACUCUCCCUCGUCCUUCAUAUUUCCAUAAUGCGUUUACUAGCCUGUAUGCUCUCAAGACUAGACUCCAAAAUCGUUGACCUUUACGCCCGCUGUUUAUUUUCAACCUACAAGCCCAUACAGAACACCGCCUCCGAUGUUCUACGUUAUUUUUCCGAAUCCCUUAAGGUCGCGAAAACCGUGAUUUCAAUCCUCUCCCGGAAACUCACGCAUGACUCAGAAUAUGUUUUACGAUUUUAUCAUGACAUAAUUCGCAUUUGGAUUGCCCAGCAAAACGACACUAUUGAACACCGAAAAUCGUUAAUUAGUGUUAGAACCUCUGUUGGCUGUUCUCUUGCGAAGUCGGCGAGCAUAAAAAAAUCAGAGCUCGAAGAUGUUCACGCGUGGACUGUUAUUGAAGAGAUUCAAUCAGUUGGCGUACUGCACUUAUCUUCUCCAUUCGUAUCCAUCAGGAGACUUGCUGUUGCACUUUUACAAGACGUAAAGGAGCUUAGCACCGAGUACUUUACACUAUCUGAUUUGAGUGGAAACUCAAAAAUACAUCAGGAUGUAACGGUGAUUGACAUUUUACAAAACUGGGAUUCUUCUCUCAUUUCAGUCGAAAGCAGCUUGCCCACAGCUGCUGAGAGAUCCCGCUUACGAAAAUUCAUAAACGAUGGAACGAAGGAUGUACUUUUCAGGCUGACAACAUCAACCAGCGGUGUUGAUAUUUCUAUAUGGUACAAUCUUUUUCCAAAAUUUAUUAAACUUUGUUACGAUACAGUUCCUAUGACCAUGGCAUUGCUUAGAGACACUGUCUGUGAGAAAUUGCCUGCGCUUACUUCGAAUAUGAUUUCUCGUUUGGAAUCCUCCAAAGUUUUUAAUCGUUUUGAUACAUCAAAGUCUGAUUCUAGAAAUACAGCAUUUCCAGAGUCCUUGCUUGUUCAGUGGAAAUUGUAUUUAAUGGUUGCUUGCUGCACAGUUACUUAUACUGAAACUCAACGGAGUUCGUGUGCUCCAAAGCGAGGGUUAGCAGGUAUGCAAACAAGUUUGUAUUUUAGAAAAACUUUUGACGGUGGGAAAAUUUACUCUGUUGAGGCAAUUUUUGAUCUUGCUUUGCCUUUAAUCACUUCUGAGUUUACGCCGAUUAGGGAAGCUGUUGUCUCUGCAAUGGGUUGCAUAAAUGUUAAUGCAUUUCCACAUCUGGUUUAUUCGUUAAAACCUUAUAUAGACAUUUUGCACAAUCAAAAAAUCGGGAACCAUGGUCUGCCUUUGGGCGGCAUGGUGAACAAGAAAAAAACGAAAACUGAUGAGUUAUUACGAAACGAAGUUGCGCACAUUUUAUCUCUUACUGCAUAUCAUUUACUGGAUGAAUCAUUAAAGGACGACCGAAUGACUUUUGAUAUCAUCGUUGGAUUCGUUAAAGAUCUUAAAAAUGUUCUCAGUAGUGCUGAGGUUCAAAGUGAUUGGAAAUACAUAAAGUUGAGAUGCUAUUUUGCACGAUUGCUCGAAAAGGUGAUACUUGCACAAAGGGAUCGGUUAUCAUUUGAGUUGGUUCCUCUUUCUGGGCGGGUGUCUUGUUGGCGACUGCUUGAUGAGUGGACCGGCUUUGGCAUGUCGGCGAAAUUGCUUCAAACUCGAGAAGAACAUAUGCGAAUGAAUAUUCAGGAGAACUUUAAAGACAUUAGGGAGCGCGGAAUCCUUUUGGCAAACUUAGAAGUUGGUAAGCAAAGUCUUGAACUUUCUACAGUCGAAACCAUGAUGACUCUUACUGCGUAUCCUUUAGACCAAGUUUCUGAUGUUUCUGUUCUGGCAUUUGACAUCAAUGUCAUUCUUAAUUGGUUUGAUUCUGUGUCUAAUUCUCCUUCCAGAAAGAUUAGAGCUUUGGUGAAGAAUGGUCUGUCUGAUUUGCUUUAUUGUAAUAAGGAGUUUCCUGAGCUUUACCGAAAGUUUAUUCGGCGCUGCUUCGAAGAUAAUCGAAACCAAACGACGAGAAACUACUAUUUUGCCGCACUGAUGAAAUCGCUUAUGGAAUCUGGUGUAUCUCAAAUUUCUCGUCAUGAAGUUCUCCCCUAUGCUUUGGUGAAUAUGUCCAAUACUGACUCGGAAAUUCGUAUAACUUCACUUGAUUAUAUUGAAACAAUUGUGGACGAGUCAUCCUUGAUUCAUUUCAAAAGUUUAAAGGUAUUCUUGAAGUCAACAGAUCCAGCUUUGUAUCUGAAACCGCAAUAUCUACUCUCAGUAAAGUUAGCACAUGAACUGGCUCCUGAGUCUUUUAGAUUUGCCUCAGAGUGUUUUCGAUACUUUCAGUUGGGUGUACACUUUCAACGGGAAAUUAUUACAGUCCUUCUUCCUUGGUUACAGAAUUUGGAACUUGCUUAUGAUGAUGAAAAUGAUGUGUUUGAUGAAAAGACAGAAGUAAUUCUACUUGAUCUACUAGAGGUUACAAUUAAAUUUACGGUUAAGUUGCCUAACGAAGUUGAAGCACUUUGGACUUCUAUCAUUGUGAGCCCAUUUGAAAACAAUUGGUCUAUUGCAUUGAAAUUCGUACUUCGUCAGUGUUAUAUCUGUAAAAGCAGUACUUUUGUUUCACAUGCUCGUCAGGUGUUUGUAUAUCUUGCAAAACCUGAACUCGCCGAAGCAACUUUUAAAACACUGUACAACCUUAUCGGCUCGGAGACAAUUUCUACUCAUAAUCAAAUGGUUUUUGGGCAGUCUCACUACACUUAUGAGGGGUAUUAUGUCGCUGAUAUUGGUGCUCUUUUGCCAAACCGUGCUGCCCAAGUUCUCUAUUCACCGGGUCAGUUAGCGCUCAUUCUUAUUAUGGAUCUUCUCCCGACUACAUCUUUUGUUUUAACGACUUUAGAGCUGGCUACUCUUCUUCAUGCAUCAAUUACGCAGCUCGAUCAUUAUUCUAAGGAGAUGAAGGUUUACGGCAAGCAGCUUGUCAUGUAUAUGGUGAAAAGGUUGGAAAAUUUGGACACAUCACUUGAAACAGCAGAGUGUUUUGUUGGUUUGAGUGAACAACUUGAGAAAAUCACAACACGUAAAAAAAAUCCUGAGGAGUUGCUUCCGGCAGUGAUAGUAAGUACCCUGUCCACGUUCAAUGAAUCAUAUCCUGAUUUGCGUCAAAUUUGGGGCAAGGUUGCUCUUGUCUGGGCAACAACAUGUCCCUUUAAACACAUUGCUUGUAACUCUGUGAAAAUUUUAAGGGCAAUCUGUCCUUCUUAUGAUGACGAUAUGCUCCUUGCUGUUAUUGCUCGUCUGCACAGUACUAUCUCUGAUCCCUCCUCAGAAGUUCGGGACUAUGCCAUGGAAAUCUUGCACACUAUUAGUGACUAUCUAAACAAACUGGAUGAGCAACAAAUAUUACUUUACCCACGUCUCUUUUGGGUUGCAAUUGCAUGCCUUACAACUAUUCACGAAGAGGAAUUUAUGGCUGCUAUUAAUAUGGUCUAUAUAUUCCUCACUAAGGUGGAUCUCAAUGAUCCAGUUACGCUGUCGAUAUUUACAUCUACUUUCCCUCCUGUUUGGAAUAACAAUACCAUUGUUGGUGAAGGGUUUCCACGGAUUUUGGCUUGUUUUCUUGUCUUAUUACCGGCAAUGGGUUACAAGUUUGAAAAGGCUUCUAAAGUACCUUUUAACUUGAUUGAAAAUUGCCAGGGCUUGAAGCUACUUGCGCAAAGUCAUGAGGACGAGGCAUUGAUAAAAAUUCUCGAUGCCUUCAUGGACUGCAAAUAUCGAAGUGUAAAGGAUUUUAUGAAAGAGUCCUGCUCUUACUUGUAUAAUUACUAUUUUGAAUCAUUUGAUGGUGACCUUCUUAUCACAUUGCUGAGUUUUCUGUCGAAUCCUACUAGAUGGAUUCGUAAGUAUACUCUAGAGCUCUUAAAGGAAUUGUUCCCAUUGAUCGAUUUUCAGAAGCCAGUGUUUGAUGCACUUGGCCUGGACCGAAUUUCUCCGCUACUACGUCUUUUACGGACAGAAUUUGCCAAUGAUGCACUUGCAUUGUUGACGGAUUCCGUUACUCAUGCUGCCAGUAACGAGGACCUGAAAAUCCUUCGCAUGGUAAUGAGUGACAGAAACAGCAAACGCAAUAUAAAUCAGUACAUAUCAAUUUUUGGUAUUCCAACAGAUUCUGGGUGGUCUGUUUCAAAUUCCACCUUUGAAGCUUCAAUUACCAAAGAAAAUGUUGGUGCUGUGUAUAAUUCUUACGAGACAUCAGAAGCAGCAAACAGGGCUACAGAUGUUCAAUUUCAUACAGAAGACGUGAUGUAUCAGCCUAUGGAAUCCGGUCACCGUCAACGAAAUUCUUUGGAAACUUUAGGGCAAGACUCUUUAGGGGAAAUGGUAACCACCUUACAUAGUCUGGAUAUCUUUUUCGCUGAUGACAACUGUCCGCAAUCUGCUGUUGAGUUGCCUACUCCUCCUUUGGAAGAAAUUAACGGUGGAAAACUCGCAGAAAUUGACGAUGGUGCAGACAUGUAUGAUUCUCGUGUUGCCGCCAUACUCGCCCGAAGCCUGCACAAAAACGACGAAGUUAGCAGUUCUGCCGGCUUAAGCGUUUUUUCCCGUUCCUCUUCCAUCAAGUCCUCUUCAAACACAUCCGUCCCCAGCAGUCCUCAGCACCGGCAACGAAAGUUUUCGUUUAUGUCAAGAAUCAAGUCACCACCGCCAAACGACUCCUAUGCCUACACGGAUCUUUUUGACUCGUUUUCUGAAGAUCAGGAAGCGUCAUCGUAUCCUUCAAGCUUCCCUUCCAGUCCAAAAAAUGCGAAUGACUGGUACAGACCUAUCCAAGAAAAUGAAACUCGCCAUUCUCCUGACGUUAACGAAGAUGCUGCAUGUCGUGAGAAUGCAUAUCAUUUGAAAACGAUGUUUCAAGAAGCAGAUGGUGAUGGUAUGAUGUACAUAGGAACCAAACACGACCUAUGGCCCAGGUUCCCACAUGCCAGAUUAGGUACAGGUCAUUCAGCUCGGCGGAAGUCUUAG